CGAAUGUUAUGCGUGCAAAAAAGGAAAAAAAACUUAUGUAGAUGUUAUAAAUAAAUAGCUGCUAAAUCAGCAGCUUCUCCCACGGGUACGCAUUUUAGUUUUAUCAGAGUGUUUCUUUCGUCUGCCGCAUGCAGACGUCGAUUUUGGUCUCAAUCAAAUUGCCAAAAUGGGGAUCUCAAAGAGCACGAGAAAUCAAUUUUUGGCGGCUUUAAGCGUGAAUCUACUUUCGGUAUCAUUUGGCGCCAAUUUCGGUUUGAUUACGGCAUACUUUCCGCGAAUGCUAUCUCACGAUAAGUUGCUCGCAGAUGUCGAUAAUAUCAAUAAUGUCGAUAACAUCUACGAUGUCGAUAAUAUCACUGAUGUCGAUAAUAUAUAUGAUGUCGAUAAUAUCGAUGAUGUCGGUAAUAUCGAUGUCGAUCAAAUCCAAGAAUUUUUGAAUUUGUACCUGGCCCUUGGUGCGGUGAUCGGCGCCAUAGUCUUUGGUUGGAUGGCAGAAAAAUUCGGCCGUCGUCGCUGUCUUCUUUUGAUGGUUAUACCAGCCAUGCUCAGCUGGUUGCUGAUUAUACUUAUUAAGGAUUGGCGUUAUCUGUGGAUAGAACGAAUUAUUGCUGGAUCUGUGGGUGGCUGCUGUUAUGCGGUUAUUCCAGUUUAUAUCACUGAAAUGGCUGAGGAUCGUUUUCGGGGUAUCCUGGGCACCUUCAUGCCCCUUGGCAUGACCAUCGGCAUGUCUAUUAUACAUCUUCUUGAACUUAUGAUUGGUAAUUGGCUGGCUGCCUGCAUCAUGAUUGUCAUUGAUGUAGCAUUCCUCCGCAUUUUAUUAUUCAUUCCUGAUUCUCCGGAAUAUCUGCAGCGUUAUAAUAAAAAAGAAGUGGAGAAAUCCCUGAGAUAUUUUCGAGGUAUCUCUCCGAGUGAAGACGCGCAGUAUCAGGUAGAACUCGCCAAAUUGUCGACAUUUUGCGAAACUCUUGAAAAUGGUGUGCAUAGAGACGAAAACAAUUUACCGGUUACCAAUGUCUCUAAUCAAAAGGCACUUAAGGCCUUCAUCAUUGGAUUUGGAGUUAUUUUGGCUAAAUUGCUCACCGGUUAUUAUAACAUGCACCAACUAAGUAAAUUCUACUUUACAAAUGCCCUCGAUGGUCAUAUUCUUGUCAUUAUUGCACAACUUCUGGGAACUUUCUCUGCUACACUGUUGGUGGAGAGAGUAGGUCGCAAACCUUUGCUACUGAACUCAACGGCUGGAGUUGGCGUGGGAUUAGUGUUGAUACUUUACAAAAAUCGUUUCGAACCUUCCAAUUAUGAAGGUGGCUACUUACUGACUAUAUAUUUGGGUGCCAUCGGUAUAACGACACUUGAUUUUGUGAUAUCAACUGAGAUCACACCUCCUAAGAAACGCAGUCUAGCUCUCAGAGUGCAAAUCGCCUUAUCAAUACUGAUGUACCCUAUAUUUUACAAGCUACCUCGUGUAAUGGAAAAACUCUUGAUUCAAGCAGAUUUUCUAUUUGCUAACUUCUCAAUGCUUCUAACUAUUUUGUUUGCACUUUAUUUACCCGAGACAAAGGGAAAAUCGAUUGCUGAAAUUCAAGCGAGCUUAGAAUAGACAACAUUUUUAUAUUGUUCAACUUUUUAACUAC